UGCAAGGUGAAAAUCACACACACAGGCGUUUCACAGGAUCAUCCCAAGAGCCCUAGCGGAGACGCUCUCCCAACUUCCCUAAGGUCCUAAAGCACAGCAAAAUACAAUGUCCCUGCAUUUGGUGUCAGCUGUGAACUGCUCCAGCCUGAUCCACCCUGGCUUCUCUCUGAUGAAUUUCGAUGGAGAUGUGUUCUUGUUUGGCCAGAAAGGUUGGCCCAAGCGAUCUUGCCCCACAGGAGUCUUUAAUGUCCGCCUCAAGAAGGGAGAACUCAAAUUGAGGUCAGUUUUGUUCUCCAAUGACUCCUGCUACUUGCCACCUUUGCGCUGCCCUGCUAUCACCCACUCAGGACCUGAGGAUCUAGAGUCCAGUGACACUAAGAAGUUCCUUAUUCAUGGGGGCAGGACUCCCAACAAUGAGCUCUCCGGUUGCCUCUACAUCAUGUCCCUGGACAGCAGAGGAUGCAACAAAAAGGUGACCCUAAAGUGUGUGGAGAAAGAGCUCGCCGGAGACAUUCCUGAAGCCCGGUAUGGUCACACAAUGAGCAUUGUCUACAGCCGUGGAAAACGAGCAUGUCUGCUUUUCGGUGGCAGGUCGUAUAUGCCCCCGGGGCAGAGGACCACUGAAAACUGGAACAGUGUGGUUGACUGUCUUCCAAAAGUGUUUCUCAUAGACCUAGACUUUGGUUGCUGUUCUUCUUAUACCUUCCCGGAGCUGACAGAUGGCCAGUCCUUUCAUGUUUCUCUCUCCCGAAAGGACUCUGUCUACGUUCUGGGUGGCCACACCUUGGCCAACAACACCCGCCCUGCCAGGCUCUUCCGCUUCCGUGUGGAGCUCUUGCUGGGCAGCCCCAUUGUCAGUUGUGAAGUCCUGAACACCGGAAUCUCUGUGUCCAGUGCUAUUGUGACAAGGGUGGGCUCGAGCCAUGAAUACAUCAUUAUGGGCGGCUACAAGUCUGAAUCUGAGAAACGCCUGGAGUGCAACACAGUGCUUCUGGAGGACAGCGGGAUCCACAUAACAAGCAGAGAGCCGCCGGAGUGGAGUGGAGAAAUCUGCCACAGCAAGACCUGGUUUGGAGGAAACAUGGGUGAAGGGCUGGUACUUAUUGGAGUCCCUGCAGAUGGAAGGCACAAUGUUCCAGAAGUCCACUACUUUUACACGGUCAACUUCCGCCAGGAAGAGGAACCGGGACAGAACUGCAGCCAAGAAUCCACCGACCAAGAACUGGAGGACUCCGCCCCACUGGAAGACUCGGAAGAGUUCUACUUCAACCGCGACCCCAGCGAGCUGGAGGACAGUAACGAUGAAGACACCUACAAUGAAGAGGAUGAGGACGAUGAAUCUCAGACCGGUUACUGGAUCAAGUGUUGCCUUGACUGUCAAGUGGACAUCAACACUUGGGUACCAUUCUACUCCACCGAGCUCAACAAGCCAGCCAUGAUAUUCUGCUCCCGGGGAGAGGGUGGACACUGGGUCCACGCCCAGUGCAUGGAUCUUUCAGAGACCCUUCUGGUCCGUCUCUCCCAGGAAAACACUAAGUACUUCUGCGUGGACCACAUGGACGUGGUGCAGGGCCUUCGGACCCCUCCGCAGAAGAUCCCACCCUUGAAGCGCACGCCCAUGAAGACACAACACAGAAAGGCACCUAUAAAGCUUAAGAUGAGCCCUGCAAAGAAGACUUUUCUCAGGAGGCUAUUUGAAUAAUAUCUACUGUCUAAUUCAGACAAACCUUUCUUGACCAAAAGGAAUAUGUGGAAAACAGAACAUCCAAUUUGUUUCCUCUAUUAUCUUUUCUAAGAUUAUUUUAAUUGAGUGCAUUGUAGUUCUUGAAACUGUUGUUUUGUAUUUUUCCA